AUGCACCCUGGCAUUUUUGAGGUAGGAAAAUUAAAAUCAUUACAAGAGUUGAAAAGAUUUGUGGUCAAGAAUGAAAGGUAUGGUUUUGAAUUAGCACAGUUAGGAGAACUGGUAGAGCUUGGCGGAUCAUUGCAGAUUAGUAAUCUUGAAAGGGUUGAAGAAAAGGAAGAAGCUGGUGAGGCAAAAAGUCAGACAAAAUACUUGCGCAAGUUAAUAAUGGAUUGGGAUAGUAAUCGAUCUAACAGGGAUUCUACUAAAGAAGACCAAGUUCUUGAAGGCCUUCUGCCAAGUAGCAAUCUUCGUGAGCUAUGCAUUAGUGGGCAUGGAGGCACUGAUUGCCCUUCAUGGUUGGGUGCAAAUAUCUCUAAUAGACAUUUGGAACUUCUUCAGCUACAUGACGUGUCUUGGGAAAACCUUCCACCUCUAGGAGAGUUGUGUUUGGUUGAUGAAAACGGUGAAGAGUGCAAGAGCUAUGCACAAGGACACAGCUUCAAAUAUCUGAGAAGGUUAGAACUAGUUAAGAUACCAAAAUUUAAAAGAUGGGUUGCAAAUUACCCUCCUGAAUUGUCCUUUCACUUGGAAGUACUCAUCAUUAAGGGUUGCCAACAACUUAUUGAGUUGCCAUUCCCACAUCUUACUGAAUGUGACCACAUGACUUGGUUUCCUAGACUACAAGAGCUUGAGAUUGUGGAUUGUCCAAAACUUUCAUCACUGCCUCGUAUUCCUUGGACUCGUUCUGUAUGCUCCGCUAAGAUUGACAGACCCUCAAGGUACAUGAUUCCGAGCAAUGCAUUUUGGUUGGCCGAAGCUGAUGGUGGUAUCAGAUAUGAAAUCUUCCGAAUCCACCAUCUCACCAUUCAGCAGUGUGGUGCUAGUGGGGAGCAAUUGACGCAUCUGUUGUCUUGUGUGCCAUGGCUCCACAGUCUCAACAUGGGGGAGUGUGAAAAGUUAACAGGGAUAGGUGUUGUGGAGCAGCAGAAGGAGACGGAAGCACCCGCACAACCGCCGUCAGAUUCAAUCGGAGAACUGGAGGACACCCAAAUUGGAAUGCACCAGCAGCAGCAUCAGCACGAUGCAGGAGCAGAGGAGGAAAUACUAGGAGGCACCACCACAAGGGCUACUACUGCUGCCUCCGCAACUAGAGAGUUUGAGCAUCUCCAACUGCCCAAAUCUGGUGCUCUGUCCCGUUUCACUCGACGCAGGACCAGGAACCGGUGGAGGUGGAGGAGGAGGAGGGCUCCAAGGUCUGAGUUCCCUCCGAUCAUUGAAGAUACAGAAUUGCCCCAGGAGAUUUGGACAGAUGACGUCGCGGGAGUCCUUGCUGUGCCCAUCUGUACCUUGCUCUCUUCCUCGCUCACCAGAUUAUAUUUUUCGGGGGACAAAGAGGUGGAGCGCUUCGAAAAGGAGCAAGAGGAGGCCCUUCUACAUCUCACCUCUCUCAAGGAGAUCAGAUUUUGGUUCUGUGAUCAGCUGCAGUGCCUCCCUGCAGGGCUUCAGGGACUACCCAACCUCAAGAGAUUAAACAUCUGGGAUUGUGCAGCCAUCCAGUCGCUGCCCAAGGAUGGCCUCCCAAGUUCACUGCAAGAGUUCGUGAUAGACAACUGUCCAGCCAUACGGUCUCUGCCCAAGGACUUUCUCCCAAGUUCACUACAAGAGUUGAUGAUAAGCAACUGUCCAUCCAUCAAGUCUCUACCCAAGGAUUGUGUCCCAAGUUCACUGCAAAAAAUAGUGAUCAAAGGAUGCCCAGCCAUUCGAUCACUGCCCAAGGUGAAUGACCUUCCAACUUCACUGCAAGAAUUGAAUGUGCGGGAUAGCCAAAACAAGAAGCUAAGAAGGCAGUGCCGCAAAUUGAUUGGAAUUAUUCCGGUUGUCUACGCCUGA